CCGGGAGAGCGUGUCUCUGUAAGACCGGGAUCGGGGCAGACUGCGGCUGCAUUAGCCCGAUCACCAGAGCCGGGGGCAGAGAGGGGAGCACAGCGCAGAAUGGUGAAGGUUGUGAAUGGUACAGAAAUGAACCGAUCACCAUCCCAAAGCAAGAAGGAACACGAAGUUUUUGAUAAUGAACAAACCGAAGUUCCCGACUCGUCGAAAGAUCACCCCAGCACAGAAAGUGGAAUGAUCUGGAAAGUGACUGGUGGCCUGUACAAUAUCACCAAAGGAGCUGUUGGUGCCACAGUAGGUGGUGCUGUUUGGCUUGGUGGCAAAGGGCUGGCGGCGACCAAGACAGCGGUCACUUCAGUGCCAGCAGUUGGCGUGGGACUGGUAAAGGGUGGCAUGUCGGCUGUGGCAGGAGGUGUUUCGACAGUGGGGUCCACCGUGGCUGGGAAAGUGCCCUUCACAUCCAAGAAGAAAGAUAAAUCUGACUAACGAGUCAACCUGCGGGGGCCUGAUAUGGACACACGUUACCUGGACUGUGCCAGUUCAUUGGGUACGGGAGGGGUGUGGGUGGGGAGGGGUUGUGACGAUUGCCAUUUAGCCUGGAAGUUUAUUGUCAGACCUUUGGAAGCAUCAGCCUUUGGGGUUGACUCUUGCCUGGCGUGUACUGCUUUCUGAGUGGGACAUCAGGGUAGGUCACCUGGGGAGCUGAUCCGUCCAUGGAAGCCAAGUCACCUGAAGAACAGAAGCUUAAAUCUUUGCAGUGCUCCCAAGGAGAGGGCAGUCUGAGCACUGCUGUCACCUUGGGAGAUCCUACCCCACACCCCCAUCCCCCUCUGACCUUCAACCUCCAAUUCUGAAGAGAAAACAUGCUGAAGUUGACUGAAUCCUCAUUUUGAACGCAAGUGAGACAGAAAGCCAGAGUGUUAGUCACUGCAACAACUAGGGAGUCCUGGCUUAUCAACGCUGCUCUGGGUGAGAGUGUAUUGUGGGCCUCUUCAUGCUAAAAAGACGCAGUGUCUGAGGCUAAAGGCCCCAACUUAAACCAUGGUAAUGUUUCAAGAGCUACACCCUUUCCCAUUACCUGACUGAUCUUUCUGUGAAUGGUGAGUUUCAACAGAGAAUCAAUUUUGUUCUAAAUGAAUUGACAUCUCCUUUGUUUCUUGUUUCCUCUUUUAAUUUUGCUAUCAAUUGUCAAGACAGAACUGUCGAUAUCUGCACAGCCUGAGGUGCAGGAAAAUUUUUUACUGAUGUCCUUGUUUUUGAGCUUUCUGGCAGGUGGCUAUUAGUUUUGGGAAAGGCGACACUCAUUUCACACUGAGCGUCAAUCCUAAACACGGCCCUGUCAAAUGCAAAGCUCUCUCAUGUGAAGGGUGUGUUGAACAGGAUUAAUCCUGUCACCCACCCAGCUUAGGAGUGUUCUGUACCCUGUAUGUAAAAAUGUCAUUAAAUUUGCAGAAAUAUAACCUCCCGUAUCAGGGCUGUUGCUUCUCACUGUUCAUGCAUUGUAAACCGCAGUUGCUUUGUUCAAUACCAGUUGGGUAUGUGCUGAGGCUGGUUUAUCGAACAGCAUAUUGUAACUAAGCUUGGGUUUUUCACAGUGCUUAUCAAGUCACAAUAGGCUGAGACCUUGGGUUAUGUUCUGAUAUUUCCUUUUUUGCUUCUGAAGUUAGUAAUGAUUAUUGAUAGUACAGUAACAUAAGUAGGUAUUGAGCCAUUUUGAGCCACAUCAAAUAAAAGUGGGAUUUGCAAUUUAUUUAAAUGACCAGACUGUCCCACAAAGCAAAUGAUUCAUCAAAAACAUGACCUCUGUUUGCAGCCACCUCACUGUUGUGGGUUGAAACACAGUAGUGCCAUAAGGGGAGGUAGAUUACCUAGAGUUGUUCUUUGUUGCUCCUGAGCUCAAGUGUGUGUGCGCGUGUGUAGUGUUGUCAACUGUGCUUGACCUGUAUUCUGGAAAGUUUCAUCACAUCCAGUUGAAACGCUCCUACACUCUUGCUAGUGAUUGCUCUGUGCAACAGUCAGUCAAUAAUGGCUGCUGCAAUACCCACAAUCCUCUGUGAACUCCAAACUGCUCUAUCUAUUUAACUGGUUACUGCACUCAUGCAACAGGGCUUGAUUGGGUUCACUGUGAAUUUGCUGCUGCUUGAGUCCGAUCAGUACAAAGAUGGAGAAGGGAACACCCGUAUGAUUUUUUUCAUGAUGUAGGAGAUUAAUAAUUAAUUCUAGGAUAACGUGGAGUAUUGGUUACCCCUGGUGUAUGCUAGAGCAAGUGAUUUGCAUUUGACAAUCUCACUACUGCCCUGAUUUUCUUCCUCCCAUCUCUGAAGUUCAUGGAAGGGCUGCGUGUUAACUGUGACCAUGCAAAAUUAUGUGCCAAGCUGGCCCAUAGCUGGUUGAUGUCCCUUACAUUUGUGGACUACAUUCCUCGUGGUCAGCUGGGUUGUAAUCUAAGGUGAGCUGUACCUGGAAAAAAAAGCAUUAUUUUUAUUGCAUGAGACAUGGAAUUUUUGGCACUGUUUAGGGGAUCGUAAGCAGCAGCUCAAACCUUUCUCUUCCUGUGAAAAUCUUGUGGUUGUAAAAUUAACACUUGUGCUACUGGGACUAUAGCUUUUUAGAGUCCACUUGGAAUUGUUCUUUGCUCAAACACUUCUGGAUCAUGCCUGAUAUAUCCUGGUCUUGUAGCUUUAUAAUAGUGUGCCUCUGGUCUCUGAGUUACAUUGGUCUUCUCUACCAGUCUGUCUUUUGUGGGUUUACUUGAGCCUGAAACGUUAAGCUGAAAAUUGAACUUCUGAUAAAAAGAGCAGGCCUUCCAUGUUACAGUUUACAUUUUAGAGACCUUUUGGUUUUUCUCACCAAUAGCUUAGUUCCCUUUAUAACCAAAACUCAACUGGUGGUAUUUACAGUAAUGUGGAUGAAUAGAUUUGAUGGAGUGGACGCAGCAUGGGCUACCAGCUCUGUAUAAUGCCCAAUUUGUAUACACUCUGAUAAUAUUUGACAAACUAAAACUUGAGUUUGCAGAAGGUUGUCCAAUUUAUGCUUUUCUAUCCUUGUACUUCAGCUGAUGGACUGAGGCUGUGUUUAGAUAAUAGGCAGGGUUGUAUUUGUAUACAAAACACUUUUCAAUCAGUAUUGUAUUUUACACCUUUAAUUGAAUAAAUCUUUUUACCCAAA